CUCUAGCGAUAAAAUGUCGACAAAACCUAAGUUUAAUUUCGAGAAGGAGGGCACCCUGACGAUCGGACAUGUCGACGAGAACGAGGUCGAUCGCGUGGCCGAGAGCUUCAAAGGACGCAGUCUGUUCAUUACGGGCGGCACGGGCUUUCUGGGCAAGGUGCUGGUGGAGAAGCUAUUGCGCUCGUGUGGUGGGCUAAAGCGCAUUUACUUGCUCAUUCGUCCCAAGAAGGGCAAGGAUUCGCAGGAGCGCAUUAAGGAUAUAUUCCAGAAUGUGCUUUUCGACCAGGUGAAGCAGAUGCGCGGCGAACAGCACAUCUUGAACCAGGUGGUGGCCAUAGCCGGAGAUGUGAUGCUGCCCGGCCUGGGCAUCUCUGAGAAGGAUUUGGAAACGCUGCGCAACGAAGUGUCCAUUGUGUAUCACUGCGCAGCUACGGUGCGCUUCGAUGAGCCCUUGCGCAAUGCCGUCUUCAUGAAUACCCGUGGCACCAAGUACAUGCUGGAGCUGGCUGGCACUCUGAAGCAUUUGGAUUUCUUUGCCUACUGCUCGACGGCCUAUUGUCAUUUGCAUGUGAAGACUUUGUAUGAGAAGCCGUAUGAUCCGCCGGCGAAUCCUCACCAAGUGAUUCAGGCGUGCGAGUGGCUAACCGACGAGGAGGUGUCGCUCAUCGAGCGUAAGAUUUUGGGUGAUAUACCCAACACUUAUGCGUAUACCAAGUCCCUGGCCGAGGCCUUGGUUGUGGAGAAAUUCAGCGAAUUGCCAGCUGUUAUUUUACGUCCAUCGAUUGUCAUACCCAUUUGGAAGGAGCCCAUUCCUGGUUGGACCGACAAUAUCAACGGACCCACGGGACUACUGAUUGGCGCCGGCAAAGGUGUCAUACGCACCAUGUACUGCAACUCCUCUGGCUAUGGUGACUUCUUGCCCGUCGAUGUGGCUGUCAAUGGCAUUUUGGUUGCCAGUUGGCGCAACAUUACGGCCGGCACGGAUCACACGAAUCGUGUUGCCCACAUGACCUCCUCGAAUGACAUUAAAGUCUCCUGGGCAGAGAUUAUUGAGCUGGGUCGUUGGGUUAUCGAGAACAAGGUGCCGUUGAAUGGCGUGGCUUGGUAUCCAGGUGGCUCCAUGAAGUCGAACUACUACAUUCAUUACAUCUGCAUGAUUCUCUUCCAAUGGCUGCCAGCUCUGUUUGUGGAUGCGUUGCUCUUGCUUUUCCGAUAUCCGCCUGUUCUCUGUCGGGUCCAGAAUCGCAUUACAAAGGGGUUUGAAGUGUUUGAGUACUAUGCGAACAACGUUUGGAGCUUUGAUAAUUCAGAAGCAGUAAAAUUACGAAAGUUAAUGAAUAAUAAGGAACGCAAAACAUACGUCAUUGAGAAGAUUGAUCUGGAUUUGAUAGACUAUUUCACCAAUUGCGUUCUCUGUGCUCGUCGCUUAAUACUGAAAGAAUCGGAUGAAUCGAUACCCGCGGCCAAGCGACAUAUGAAAAUCAUGUGGUUUGUGGACAAGCUGUUCAAGUGCAUGUGGCUCUUUGGCAUCCUAUAUAUGCUCUAUAGAUGUUUCUUCGCCAGCUAAACUCAGUUUCACAUUAAGUUUAGUUAAGUGCUGGAGACCAAAACCAAGACCGA